ACCAAAUUUUUAAUAAUAAAUAAUUAAGUGCGCAAAGUGUUCGUAAAAUAAAUGAUAAACAUAUUUUUUCAAGUGGAAAUAAUUAAAAAAUUAAAAUUUGUGUGUCAAUGAAUUCAAUGCAGACGUUUUUAGCUGAGGAGCUAUGGCAGCAUUUUUCAUAGUAAGAUUGAAGCCGUGAAAACAACAACAACAAUCGCAAAGAGGUUUAUCUGAAAUAACAACAACAAAUUAAAUGCAAACUGCCAACAAGAAUAAAUUGCGAAUUUCUUUAAUUAGUUAAACGAGCGUAAAACCGCAGAAAUGCUGACAUAAAAACAAAAUAAUAACAGUAAAACCAAAGAAAUUAAGCAUAAGCAAAAUUGCAAGAAAAAAUAUAUACCUACAUAUAUAUAACUAAGUAGAAGAUAACAAUCUGUUAAGAUAAUUAGUUAAAUCUAUGUGAAUGUAGAUGUGUGUGUAUGUAUGUGUAACUGUGCUGCCACUUAAUCCUCCGGAGAACUUAAGAAUGCCACAAAAGCAACUGCAACCAACACUGCAAGCAAAUAAUUAUAUAAACUAGCAACAAUAACAAUAAUAACAACACCAUUAAAUAGUUGAAUUAGCGAAGACACAUAAACAAUCGUAAACUCCAGUAACAGCGCCAGCGGUACGAGGGAGUAAAUAAAUGACAGAUUGAUAAAAGUCAAUACCGUUACAAAGAAAUUACUGUUAUAUCCACAUUUCCCACGCACACACACAUCCUUAAACGCCAAUAAUUUCACAUACAAAUGCAUAAAUCCGCGCAUGCAACAACAACAACUACAACAGCAACAUAUGUGCGAGCAAUAGCAACAACAACAACAAUAAACAUUGCAAAAAAAGCCAGAGGAGCUAAAGUGUUAAGUAGCCUACGCUCACCGCCAAUAGCCACACACAAUUCGGUGGCAACACCGCGCAAGUGGCAUAUAGAACAACACAUACUUGCAACAUUGCAACAUAGACGCGGCAAACAAAGUCGCAAGCGUAGCAAACGAAACAAGCAACGGCAGCAUAGCAAAAGCUUUUGCGGCAACAGCAACAACAAUAAAUAUAACAACAACAGCAAAAGCCUCAAACGCCACACUUGCAACAACAGACACAUUUGCUGCCGCAGAUAACAAUCCGGCAGACAACGGGCCAGCCGACAGCCGACAACAACAAAGGCCGAAGAAGUUUGAAUUGCAGCAGCCGUCAACUGCAAGCCGGUGGCAACAGCACAAAAACGCUGCACACACAGCAAAGGCAAUAGCAACGGCAAUUACGACUGCCAACGACCGCAACAACGGCAACAAUAACAACAAGGAAACAGCACGACUUAAAGUUGCACCGAUCACAACAACAGCACAUAGCAACAAGCAUACGGUCGAGCAGUGCGUCACUAGUGCAAAAGCAGUAGUAAAUGCAACAGCAACAACAACAACAUUGCUAAUAGUGUAGCACGCAAACAACUUCCGCAUUGUUGUUGGCUAGGUCAGCAAGUGCCUGUCGCACCGAACAUUCUAUCCUUCGCUUGUUGCAACAACAGCUCACUCAUCUGUGCCUUGCGUAAGGCGGCACAAAGGCGCAGUGGCAGCAACAGUGCGCUGCCGUGGAGUAGCCGUAGCCAUACACGUAGCCGUAGGAGCCAUAUCAGCAGCAGCAGCGGGCGUUGCAAAGUGGGCCGCAAUCACGAAGCCGCAACAGCAGCAGCACAAGGAGCACCCAGGCAGCCACAAAGCGCAGAGGGAAAUGAGAUGAAGUGGUUUCAAGUGGCGUUGGAUAUGUUCCUUGUGCUUUCAUUUAUAACAAGCAGCACAUCGAAUCCCGAUGCUAAGCGCCUCUACGACGAUCUCCUCAGCAACUAUAACAAAUUGGUGCGUCCCGUUGUCAAUGUGACUGACGCUCUAACUGUACGCAUCAAAUUGAAGCUAUCACAAUUGAUUGAUGUCAAUUUGAAAAAUCAAAUCAUGACAACCAAUUUGUGGGUGGAACAAACCUGGUACGAUUACAAACUCCAAUGGGAGCCGAAAGAGUAUGGCGGUGUUGAAAUGUUGCAUGUACCCUCGGAUCAUAUAUGGCGGCCGGAUAUUGUGUUAUAUAAUAACGCCGAUGGCAAUUUCGAAGUGACGUUGGCCACAAAGGCCACUCUCAACUAUACGGGGCGCGUCGAGUGGCGGCCACCGGCGAUUUAUAAGAGCUCCUGCGAAAUCGAUGUCGAGUACUUUCCAUUCGACGAACAGACGUGUGUGAUGAAAUUCGGCAGCUGGACAUAUGAUGGCUUUCAGGUUGACCUGCGGCAUAUCGACGAGCUGAACGGCACUAACGUUGUUGAAGUUGGUGUUGAUUUAUCAGAAUUUUACACAUCAGUCGAAUGGGAUAUAUUGGAAGUUCCUGCAGUGCGAAAUGAGAAAUUCUACACGUGUUGCGAUGAACCUUAUCUGGACAUAACCUUCAAUAUCACAAUGCGCCGUAAGACGCUCUUCUAUACGGUCAAUCUCAUUAUACCCUGCAUGGGUAUUAGUUUUUUAACAAUAUUAGUUUUUUAUCUGCCAUCGGACAGUGGCGAAAAGGUCUCAUUAAGCAUAUCCAUUUUACUGUCACUGACUGUGUUCUUCUUGUUGUUGGCUGAAAUUAUUCCACCAACGUCGUUAGUUGUGCCACUUUUAGGGAAAUUUGUGCUCUUCACAAUGAUACUGGACACGUUUAGUAUAUGUGUCACGGUCGUGGUGCUCAACAUACACUUCCGCUCGCCGCAGACACAUACGAUGGCACCCUGGGUGCGAACGGUGUUCAUCAAUCAACUGCCUCGCUUUUUGGUCAUACGGCGACCACUCUACCCUAUUAGUGAGAUGAUCAAAUCAUCGCGUCGCCUGAUGGUUCGCACCUGCAACGGAUUUGAUUUGGGCGACCAAAUACCACCGGUACCACCACCAGCGGCCUUGUCUAGAAUGCAUCACAGCCCCAAGACAACGUCGCGCAGUACCUCGCCACAUCUGCAGCAUCGUGUACAGAGUUUAAAUAUACUGGACGACACGACGAUUGGUGGUCUGGGUUUCAGUACAACUGGCACUGCGUCCGUAGCUGGUCAGUUUUCCACACUUUACCCCUCCAAUAUAUCGACGGUGAAUCAACAAACAUCGACUACAUCAUCGCUCGUGGACGCACAACAUCAUAGUCAAUAUCAACAGACUGGCGGCUCACUGCUCGAUCAUCCAUUGACGCCAACGAAAUUUCGCCAACAAAAGACUUCCACUUCGGUACAGACAAACGGUUACGACGGGCCAUCCACCUCACAGUUCGGCCGACUGAACCAGCAACACCAACAACAACUGCCCAUCGGCGCCAUCUCGGCGUCCACUUCGACGCUACAUCACGUCCACACGCAUUCGGUGGGUGUGGGUGUAGGUUUCGGUGCGGCCAGCACCUCUACACACCAUCUGUAUCGCCAACAGUCAGCGUCCUCUGCACAAUUUUCGCCCGUCCCAGCACCACUGCAUCCCCAUCAACAACAUCAAUCGACCACGACGUGCGAUCUGCUGGGCCACAGCAAUGCAAAUGUGAUAAAGUCCACGACCACCGUGAACUCGGUGGCGACCGCUUCGACGCUGGCGGACUCUUGUUGCAGCGGCAUACACCAGGGUGCGGGUGCUGGUGCGGCCUGCCAAUCGUCUGAACAGCCGCCGCAUCAAUAUGCCACAACUGGUGCCGGUGGCAUUGGCGUUGGUGGUGCGCAAGGAGCCGCUGGUGGCGCCCUGCCGCGUGAAAUACUGCCAGCGUGUCAGCGAGAUGGUGGCACGCACUGUUGUCUAACGGGCGAAAAGGGAGGCUGCUUUAGUGAAACGCGGCAUCAUUGGCAUGCCUGCCCCGAACUGCGGAAAGCCAUGGAAGGUGUGAAUUAUAUAGCGGAGCAAACGCGCAAGGAGGAGGAAAGCACAAGGGUCAAAGAAGAUUGGAAAUACGUGGCCAUGGUAUUGGAUCGUCUAUUCUUAUGGUUAUUCACAAUAGCCGUUGUCGUUGGUACGGCCGGAAUAAUAUUGCAAGCGCCGACGUUAUACGACACGCGCGUACCAAUCGAUAUUAAAUUGUCGGAAAUUGCAACGACAACAGCGAAACCGAGCAUUGCCAAACCUGUGUUAUAAAAACAAAUUGCAAAGAAACCAAAACAAAAACAAAAAACGAAAACAAAAGCAGUAAGAGAAACAGAAACCGCAACAGAAACAGAAGCAGUAAACAUAAAAUAGUUUCUUAAUGUAACAACAACAACAAUAAAUAAUAAGAAGAAUGUUAAAAGUAAUUUAACAUAAAGUGCUUGGAAGAGAUAACAAAUGCUCGUACACUACAUAAAUUAAGUUGAAUGUAAAAACAAAACAAAAAUAAACAUAAACAUAACUUAAGAAGCAGAAGCAGGUGGAAGGCGGCAGUCAACUGAAAUAUACACAUACCUACAAGCAUAUAUAUACCAACAUAAAAACAGCAAUAAAGGAUUAAUCGUAAUGAAGAUGGACUUGCAAGUACAUAACAACGCACUACACCAUGAAAUAACAAAAACAACAACUAACCAUGUAAGUUAUAUAAUAAAGCAUUACAAAUACUACAACUACUAUUAAUACCAACUAACUAACUACUAUUAAAUAGUUAAUACCUACUAAUACUACUAAUAAUGUAAUAAGUAAUUACCAUACUUGUAGUGAUUACAUAUAAUACAACAAUGUUUACUAACAAUUACAAUAAAACAAAACUCAAGCAGUUGAUACGAACCAAUUACUAACAUAUAGACCUAACACUGUACAGCAUAAAUAUGUAAUUAAAUGCCAAACGAGAUCCAUUUGUAUGUAUAUUUAUCAUUAAAGCAUUAAUAUUAAUGAUUUUGGAGGGAAAUUCGAAUGCAGUUUAGUAUUGUAACUGUAUAAAUGCCAAGUACCACUAACACGACUAGCAUUAUUAGAACAAAAACGAACUACUAUAUUAGUAACUAAAUAACAAAAUGGCAAACAAAAUCAUGGCAAAUAUUACAAGUAAAGUGUAUGUGCGAUGAUUAACCGGCCGGUAGUUUGCGGAAUGCAAAAUCAUGCUCAAACACAGCUCCCAGGUGCAUUUGGGGUAUAGUAACAUUUGUUAUAAGUAAUUGUGUAAUAUUAUAAUUAAGUCAUUUGUAGUGCAUAUACACAGUAUUUACAUAUGUAUAAAUUAUUAUUACAUGAGAUUCAGAGCAUAUACUCGUAUGUGUGUGAGUGAC